AUGGCCAUUACUGAAGCACACAUCACAGCAUUCAACAAAUACCUCAAUGUCACCAACGGCAGAGAAAAGCUGUGCCGACUCGUUCAAUACUUUGCUCGUUUCUAUGCCUUUUAUUUGCUAAAGCAAGGUGCCUCCAAAGAAACCAUUCAACGUUGGGUCAAUUUGAAGAGCCAUUUAGCUAUUGGACGUAAAUUCUUUCGUCUAUUGAAACCUGUCGAGCUUGCUCAAUCCAGCGUCAAGAGUCUUGCUCUGGCAGAUCCUGUGCUUAGAGCUACUCAAUUUGUCAAGUUCGCCAGUAAUUUCUUUUACUUUACAUCGGAAGCUUUUAGUUUGUUGGAUACCAUCAAUUUCUACAAGCUGAGUGACGCCAAGAAGGUAAGCGAUUUUGGCUUAAAGUGCUGGUUCGUAUCACUGUCUGCUUCCAUUAUCUCUGGUCUGUAUCAAUUGAAGCAACUUCGUGUUCGUGCUGAGGCCCUCAAGUCUGAGAAAGCAGCAGCCAACGCAGACGCCAAGGUGGAGGAAAACAAGUUGAUCAAGGAGGAGCAAGCUGCCACCUAUCAAUUGUGUCAAGAUGUUGUUGACAUCUGUAUCCCCAUUGGAGGUUUGAAAUGGCUUAAUUUGAACGAAGGCCAAAUUGGUAUUGCUGGUAUCAUUACCUCUGCUAUGGCUAUGAACACCCAAUGGAAAAAGACAAACCCCAAUUAG